GUAGUGGUGGGAGGAAAAUAACUUUUUGUCUUCUAUCAGUCAUUUAUUACUUCUCUGCAUACCUCAGAGGUGAGAAACUUCGCACAGCAUUGUUGCAGAAGGAGAUAUAAGAAGCGAUUUGUAGUCGUGAGGCAUUUGGAGACCCAAGAAAACAGGAGGCGGAAGACAAAGAAGAAAAGCAACAAGAGGAAAGUGGAGAGAAUAACAAUGUUGGGAAAAGAGAAAUAAGUCUGACAGCUAAAGAGGCGAGAUGAUACUGUUGAUAAGCUUACUUCUUGCUGGAUAUGGCUGCGCAGCCUCCAGGUCGCUCGGAUUAGAGAUGCAGACGCCACAUUGCAGGGCCCCCAAUCUCCUGCUCAUCCUUCUGGGCCCCAUACUGUUGGCUGUGGGCCGGGCCGCUACGCAGAGCCAAGCAUUGUAUGAACUUGAGAAGGAACCAGCCUAUUGGGAUGCUCAGGCCAGGGAAACACUGGAUGCUGCGCUGAAACUCCGCCCCCGGGACCACCAGGCCAAGAACAUCAUCCUGUUCCUCGGCGACGGGAUGGGCGUGUCCACAGUGUCGGCAGCUCGAAUCCUGCGAGGUCAGAUGGAGGGCGGAUCAGGGGAGGAGACAAUGCUGGCCAUGGACACCUUCCCAUAUGUGGCCCUGUCAAAGACCUACAGUGUGGAUAAGCAGGUAGCAGACAGCGCUAGUACGGCUACAGCCUACCACUGUGGGGUGAAGGCCAACGCUAAGACAGUAGGGCUGAGCGCUAACGCAGUGGCCUACGAGUGUAACACCACCUUUGGUAACGAGGUCUACUCAGUACUACGACGUGCUAAAGCACAAGGUAAAUCAGUUGGUGUAGUGACCACCACCCGUGUCCAGCAUGCCUCCCCGGCUGCUGCUUAUGCCCACUCUGUCAGCCGCAGUUGGUACAGUGACGCAGAUCUUCCUUUCAAUGCCCGCAGACAGGGCUGUGUUGACAUUGCAACCCAACUUGUCACCAAUGUUGACAUUGAUGUGAUUCUGGGGGGAGGGAGGAUGUACAUGACACCAAAAGGCACCCCAGACCCCGAGUACCCUACCUCCAACUCUCGCAAGGGGGACCGCAAAGACAAGAAGAACCUCAUUGAUGUGUGGCUGAAGGCUAAACCAAACAAGAAGUCACACUACGUUUGGCACAGGAAGGAGUUUGACGAGAUAAAUGUAAAAACUACUGACCGGCUCAUGGGUCUGUUUGAGCCAAAGGACAUGAGAUUUGAGGUUUUCCGGAACAGCACACGUGACCCCUCCAUUGUGGAGAUGACCGAGAAGGCCAUACAAAUCCUCAGCAAGAAUCCCAAAGGAUACUUCCUGUUUGUGGAAGGAGGAAGGAUUGAUCAUGGCCACCAUGACGGCAUUGCCAAACUGGCACUGACAGAAGCUGUGAUGUUCGACCGAGCCAUUCAGCGCGCUGCACGUCUAACCAGGGAAUCUGAUACUCUCACUGUGGUCACUGCUGACCACUCCCACGUCUUCACCUUUGGUGGUAGCACACCCCGAGGGAAUCCCAUCUUUGGUCUGGCACCAAAGAAAGCCGAUGACAAAAUGCCUUUCACCAGCAUCCUGUAUGCCAACGGCCCCGGUUAUGUCCAUAUAAAUGGAACCAGAGGGAACAUCACAAUGGUGGAUUACUAUGAUGAGGAGUACAUGCAGCAGGCUGCCGUCCCAUUGGAUGCUGAGACACACGGGGGGGAGGAUGUGGCCAUCUACGCCAAAGGCCCAAUGGCUCACCUGUUCCAUGGGGUGAAAGAGCAGAACUACGUGGCACACGUCAUGGCCUACGCUGCCUGCUUAGAGCCCUACACGAACUGCCCUCCUCACCCCCACAUCCACACCUCGAGCAGCUGUGUGAACACACCCUCGAGCCUCCUGUUUGGCCUUCUUGGCCUCCUCUGGUUACUCAGAUGACGCCAAAACACACACACAUCAACACACACACACUUACCCAAAUACAUUGUAUGCAUACAGCAAUACAGACACUUAAUACGCUAAACAUUCAUAGAGUACAUGCACACACAUUCACUGUAUGCACACAGGCUGGCAAGUCAGAAUGCAGGGAUAAACACACUGUAUGUGUUAACAGAAAUAUACUCACAUGCACACACUUACAAUCACAUGAGCUUGUAACCUAAAAUGUAGGCUUAAACAUGCACGUAGUAGCUCUUAUUCAAAUACAAACUAACAAACAGGCAGGCAUUGCAGGCUACAACACAUGCAAAUAUGCAAACAUGCACAAGCGGUUAAGAAACACGCCAUCAGCAUUUACUUCAUGAAGACUAUUUCAAACUUGUACUUGCAACAUGACUACUAACUUGCACUAACUAGUUCUUUCAUGUUAGUCAUUUUCUAAAGUUAAAUACAAACUCUGCUCGUUCAUAGCUAUCAGACAUUUGCAAGGAGCUGCAAUUUUCUAGUUACACAUUCAGGCUUUAGCCAGAAUAACUUGAAACAAGCAAGCAGGAUAAGGGCUCCUGUUCAGCUUGUGAACACUCAGAGAGUCAUUGUCCAGAUGGAAUGAAUGACUAUAUUACGGUAACAGAAACCUGAACUACGGGCCAUGCCAAGCUGCGACACCAGAACUUACACGAAAUCAUAAAGAUGUUCCUCUUUCAGGUGUGGAAAAUUUGUAGCUUUUAAGUUUUUUAUUUAGUUUGUAGCCUAUCUUGACCUCAUUGGUUCCAAAUAGUAAAUCUGUUUUCUGUCAGAUUGUCUGUCACUUGAUAUGUAAUCUAUUUGAAUUGUACAUGAAUGUAUUUUGUAAGCAAAUGUUCUCAAUGUAUUUUUAUACUGUGUUUUUACAGAUGUUACUUAAAUAAGGAUGAGCACAAUCA